UUUGAGCUAAAAAUUUUCCAAAAGUUUGACACGGAAACAAAUUAUGAACAGUUUUCAGUUUUAUUUGCAGUGUUCCUUUACUUAUGUUGUUACAGUGAUGGAGUGUGAUUGUUAACCCGGUAAAGCACUGCCUUUGGGGAUGGACUCACUCUGAUAGCAUUGCAUGUUAACAUUGGUUUUUCAAAGCAAGUCAUACCACUUUGCAAGCUGCAGAAACAUGAUGGCGGGUUUCUAGUGUCUGGUUCCUAGGUGUUGUGUUCUGGAGGUGUGUGCAUGUGUUUCUUAGUCAACAUUAAAAAAAUACCUGUUCAAGUAACUUAACCAGCAUCUCCUGUGUUGGGAGAUCUUAAGAGAGUUUUUCACUAAGUUGCUCUUCUAUGAAUUAAGACAUAUUGUCAGUAAACAUGUUUUCCUUUGAUUGAAAAUCAUGAAAACCCAAGAACUCAUUAAAGAAGAGUUCAAGAAGGAAAAAGAGAAACCCGAGUCAAGAAGGGAAAGUAAGAAUGAAGAGAGAAGAAAGGGAAAGAAAGGAAAAGAGGAUGACCGGAAGGGUGAGAGAAUGGCUGCUUUAGAAGUAUCCAGGAGAGAGUCGUCCCCUACUGUGAGAAAGAGCAGAGAAAAGGAGAAAGCAGAAAGUUCAAAGACUAAGGGGAACAGGGGAAAGUCAGCGCCCAUGAAAGAUCCCAGUAAACCGGCACCCAGAGAGAAGAGUGACAGAAAGGAAAGCCGAAGUUCUGCCAGACUGGCACUCCUAGCAAAGGGAAACAGCCAGAAAAGAAAGAACUAACAUGGAAAUGGCAUAUUCUGGAUCGUGACUGGCCACAAAAACAGGCAUCUAAAACUUAACAUUACCCCCGGUUGGGAACGAUGUGUGAAUUACUCCUGGAAUGUAUUUAUUGGUGCUCAGCAAGUACAUUCUUUGAAAUUUACAUAUAUUGUCUCAUGCCUCUAAAACUAAGAGCUGAUGCUUUGAAGAUGUGUCAUUAAAUUUUAAUGUAAAAUUCCUGUUUUUAUUAAUUUAUUGAUGUAAUCAGAUAAGUGUAUGUGUAUACUCUGAAUGAUAAUAUAUUUGGAUGCCUUCAUUGGGGUUAAACAAGUAAGAAUACCUCAGUUGUUAACUUUUGCAAUGGCGUGACUCGGCCCAAGGCCUGCCAUGUCCAGGUGUGUGCUGCAUGCACACGCUGUGAAGAAGAUGGUGUUUCUGUUUCCAUUGUGUUCCUUCCCCUCUCUUUUCCCUGUUUUGCUUUUCUCCUGUCCUUUUUGUUCCUCCCAUCCUCCUUCGCUCCUUCCAUCAUGCUUUGCUCCUUCCUUCUCCUCCCCAUUUAUUAAUCCCUCUUUCUUCCAGAGCUCUUUUGUGGGUAUCUCCCAGGCUUAGGUGCUGCCUCCCUCUUCCCCUGUGCUGCAUCCCUGCCUCUCUUGGUCUUUCAAGCCCCACUUCCUCCUCAUUCCUCAUGCUUUACCUGGGUUCUGUCCUCCAGUCUGUCUGUCUGUCUUUUUUCUUUUUCUUUUUCUUUCCUUUUCUUAUUUCUUUUCUUUCCUUUCUUUUUUCUUUUCUUUCCUUUCUUUUUUUCUUUCGUCUCCUUUCCUCACCCCUUUAUGUUCCCUCCACUCCCAACUAUCCCCAUCCCUCCCUUUUGAACCACUUCCAGGUACUUCUUGUCUCUCCUCCAACAGAUAUUGACUGUGUGCCAGAUACACGGAAUUUAGUCCCUGAAUAAAAGAGCAAAUUCUAUUUAGAAGUUUAGUUUCAGAACCCUGGUUUAUAAAAUCUUUACAGACUUGGAAUAGUUAUGGAAAGGCAUCAUGACUUCAAAUCGGGGCAUCCUUGCAGCUUAUGUAUCUAUCUUUUCUUUGUAUGACAUCUGUUGUUCAUGUUUGAUUGUAUCAUAAUUAUUACCAUUUCUCAAGAGCUGAAAAUUUUAAAUCUGGGUAAAAAUCAGUUUAACUUCUCAGAAGAUAUUUAAUAAAAUGCAAUUUCAAUAAGAAAUAUAUUUCUGCAAGUGGUUUACAGUAUCUCGUGCCUUC